UAACGUUAGUGACAGUGCCAUGGCAACCACGACUAGAGCGCACGCGAUGAGAUGCUCGCGCUUGUGAAACACCGGUAACGUUUCCAAGACUUUUUAUCUGUGGGUCUCGGUAAAAGAGCACUGAGAUGUCCCUGUUUAAGGCACGGGAGUGGUGGUCGGCCGUGCUGGGUGAGGGGGAGGAGUUUGACCAGGGCUGUCUUUGUGUCGGAGAUGUGGACAACAGCGGAAGUGGCUACGAUAAAGUGGUGGUGGGCAGCUACAUGGGACUGUUACGGAUUUUUGCCCCCCAUGCGACCAGGCCGGCCGAGCAGAGUGGAGUAGAAGCUCAGCUGCUGGAGGUCCAACUGCGAGACCCAAUCAUCCAGGUGGAAGUUGGCAAGUUUGUCUCGUGCUCAGAGCUGCUUCACUUGGCAGUGCUGCAUCCCAGAAAACUGUCCAUUUACGCCAUGUCAGGUACCGCUGGAAAUGUGGAACACGGGGAUCAGUACCAGCUCCGACUGGUUUACGAGCACAACCUGCAGAGGACGGCUUGUAACAUGACCUACGGCCCGUUCGGAGGGGUCACUGGACAUCAUUUCAUUUGCAUCCAGUCCAUGGACGGCAUGCUGAUGUUCUUUGAGCAGGAGAGCUACGCGUUUGGACGCUUCCUGCCAGGGUUUUUGCUCCCAGGUCCGUUGUGUUACUGCGCCCGAGUUGACGCCUUCAUCACCGUCUCCUCCUCUCGCCAGGUGGAGUGCUACAGGUACGAGACGCUAGCGGUCGCUACGGACGCAGACACCAGACAGAACUCGGAACAGCAAAGCAAGAGCACUGGGAAGAGACUUACGGCUGAGUGGACCCUUGUGUUAGGAGAGCAGGCGCUGGAUAUCUACGUCCCUGCCGUCUCUCCCUCGGCCUCCUCCAUCUUCAUACUAGGGGAAAGGAACCUGUUCUGUCUCCGGGACAAUGGGCAAAUCCGCUUCAUGAAGAAACUCGAGUACAACCCCAGCUGUUUCCUUCCCUAUGCAUCAGUUUCCGAGGGUACAACCAACGUCCUGCUGGCCAACCACAACAACAUGCUGCUGGUGUAUCAGGACACGACGCUGAAGUGGGCGGCUCAGCUCGCCUACGUGCCCGUGGCCGUGCGCAUCGCAAAUUUCCCGGAACUCAAGGGCCUGGUGGUAACCCUGAGCUCUGAAGGUCACCUGCAGUGCUCCUACAUGGGAACAGAUCCCUCCUUCUUUAACGCACCAAAGGUGGACUCCCGGGAGGUCAACUACGACGAGGUGGACGCUGAGAUGAAGGUUCUCCAGAAGGUCAUCCGCGAAGCCACCAGGAACCAGGACAUCAUCCCCAAAGCUGAAGUGGAAGAUGACCUGGAAGUGACGGCUAUUGUCUCCACCCACCUAGACGAUGUCUCGCAAGCCAUUAUACCGGAGAUCAACGGCAUUGCUGUCCCUUCUGUUACAGUCAAGGUUAAAGUGAGCAGCCGCUUUGCCGUACAGAACGCGAAGCUGAGCGUGUGUGUGCAGCCACCACUGGCCGUCACUCGGGACCAGUUUGUAUUAGACUCUUUAGGGAUCGGCUCUCAGGUAGCAGUGGUAUUCUCAGCUUUUCUUAACGGCCAUUAUACGCCAGCUGACCUGAGUGGAGACGUGGCCGUGUCCUACAGUUCACCCACAGAGCUGAACCCUGCAGGAGUUCCGCGUGUAGCCCAGUGCAAGUUCGUGCUGCCUCUCUGCCUGGUUUGCUGCCCCACCACUGCCUCCAAGAACUCCAAGUACAAGAUCACUGUGGACACAAACAAACCCCCCAUCAACCUUACUGAAGCCUUCCCAGAAUUUUCAGAGAAGGCAGAGGAUAAGGAGGGUAACUCCCUAGCCUUCCAGUUUAUCGCUGGUUCUCGGAUCACUGUGCUAGCCUCCAAAACCUCCCAGCGUUACAGGAUCCAGAGUGAAAGCUUUGAGGAUAUCUGGCUGGUUGCCAAGGAACUGGUGCAACGUUUCGAGCAGCAUUUCGCCAAAAUUGGAGUCAAAGAUUUCCGCAACAGCUUUUCCGGCCCGAUCCCACUAGCUGAAUUCUUUGAGACCGUGGAUCACCACUUUGAGCUCAGAGUGAACGCGCAGAAGUAUCAAGACCUGCUUUCAGAACGAGCCGUCCAGUUCAGAGCCAUUCAACGGCGACUGCUAACACGCUUUAAAGACAAGACUCCUGCCCCGUUACAAAACAUUGACACACUCAUGGAGGGCACUUAUCGUCAGGUGAUAGCGUUGGCAGAUGCUGCGGAGGAGAAUCGAGCUUGUUUGGUGCAGGCCUUCUCCAGGUUACGCAGCGCCACGCAUCUUCUCAUCCUUCUGGUCUCUCUUUGGCAAGGACUCGGCAUCGAUCAGAUCGCUAUACUGGAGGCGACGCUACUGCCGCUGCUGCAGGAUACACCACAACUGGGCUGGGAGGAGAGCGUGGAUGCAGCUGUGUCUCAUCUCUUGAGAACGUGUCUGUCGAGAAGUCCUAAAGAUCAAGC